CAGGGAUGCUGAACAAGAGGUCCAACAUCUUCGUUAUGCCGUGGAUAUGGCUAAGAAAGAGGCCUUAUCAUUUCUCCAGGAUAAGAAGAAAUUAGAAGAGGCUCGUAAGCGAAGUGCAGAGUUGGAGAAACAACUGGAGGAAGAGAGGGCUGCUAGGCAAAGUCUUGAUGAGGAACUUAAUGAGUUGGUGAAUCAACAUGAGGAGGAGUUAGAGGUUGAAUGUGCUGAUAAGAACAAGAAGUUGAGCAAUCUUCAUGUGGAAUUCAAGGUCAUGAUGACAAAUGCGUGUAAAGCCGCUGUUUUUCGUGAGCGUCAAAGGGUUGCGUCAGCCAAUACUUUUGCCAGUGUUGCAGUCCAUCCCCUUCUUGUCCAUUCCGAGACCGAGAAAGUCGUUCCCAACGUUGCUGGAGGCGAGGAUCGGAUGGACACUGAUCAAAGCGCUCCUGGUGAUGGACAGACUUGAGCUUGCAUGCCCUCUUGUACAUGUAGGUGUUGCCUUUUAAGGACUUUGAAUUUACUUUUUUUUUACCUAUGGGUUUCGUCCGAGGGUGUAGUAGUAACGUUAUUUGGUAGGUUCUCGUGCUCCUUGCGAGAAGAAAAUACUCUUUUAUCUUUGGAAAGUCAUCAACC